CCCAUACAGCGUUAACAGUAAACAAUAAACGCGUCGACUGUCGAGGCACAACACUAAACAUUAAUUUAAUAUUUUGCAUAGAAAAUAACGUCUUUACUCUUUAGUCUUUAGCCAUCAUUGAUUUUACUCAUUUAUGCUCGUUCUGAGUUCAUACAAAGUCAGUGUUUUUUUUUUUUUUUUUUUUAGUUAACGAUUUUUCAAUUUAACUCUGUUUCGCUAAACGAAUCAAGUAGGGUCUUGACGGAUUUUCGUAAUCUACAAAAGUACACCAUCGACUAUAAUAUAAUAUAGGUUCAUAUUUUACACCUAUAUCGUAAAAAACGUAUAUAUGAUAUGUUUUUCAUUGGUUAAAGAUUAAGUUGGUUCUGUGCACUAAGAUAAGUAUGACAAAAAAAGUUUCUAAAUUGAAUUGGGAUGCAGAACCGGAAAUAGGUGAACAUGAAGUCAGAUAUGCAGCAUAUGUUAUCAAAUCAACAAAAAAAUCUAGAUCAUCACCUGAGAAAAGACCAUUUUUGCCUUAUGGAGUUGGACCUGUUGUUGACUGUGAGAUUGAUGAUGAUAACGGAAAACCUGAUUAUUCAAGUUAUAGUAUAAUACCAAAAGAGAAUAAAGAAACAACAAUAAAAGAACAAACAAAAGAGUUAAAACAAACCAAAAAAACACCAAGUUCUGAAUUAUCUCUUGAUCACGUUUAUAAGGUAAUACGUGAAUUAAAACUACCAACAUUUCAAAGGGUUAUAAAACAAAAUAAAUUUGAAUUAAUAAGAAUAGCUAAACGUCGUCCAGAUCGGUCUCAUUUAUAUGUCGUUAAACUUUUGCUAAAUACAAUAUUUAAUCCUGUUCAGAAAGUUUGGAUAUAUUCACAAAUAAGGGAAGUAUUAAAUAUCCCACAUCAUGAAUUUAAAAGCGUUCAAUAUGUAUACACAGUAUUAGCACCUGAAGUAGCGCUAAUGGUUCUAAAACAUAAAUUCAAAUGCUUUGCUAAAAUAUGCAAUGAAAAUCAAUUGAGUUCUUUGUCACUUUUAAAUAGUACAUUUUUUGCUGAACGAUUUAAAAAGGAUUUACAUUGUCGAACCUAACAAAAUUAUAAUGUAUUAUAAUUAUUAUAGAUUGUAUGAUUUUUUUUUUUUUAUUAUUAUUAUAUAAGUAAAUGAUAUGUAUUAGUUAGGCAUUUAUUAUUUUUUAUAAAACGAUACUCACUUAAUUUUAAGUAGAAUUCAUUUUCAAGUGCUUAGAAGGCAUAUUUAAUUAAUUUAGUGAUAAAGACUGAACAUUAGGAAAUAAUUUAUCUUAAAUAUAAUUUAUUAUAUUGAUACCUUUAAAAUAUGUUUACAAUAAUAAAUUAAACUGACAUUUUUGUAAAAAAAUAUGUUUUAAACUGUUAUUCUUAAUUUUAAUAAUUUAUUGUUCAUAAAAAAAAACAUAUAGUUAAUUUAGUGCAUGUGUUGUAUGCUAUUUACAUUAAUAAGGUUAUCUACGCAUUUUCCUAUUCUAUCUUUAACACUAAACUAUCUUUAUGAUUGUAUUCACACAUGCUUCGUUGUCUAGUAUGUGUUCGGUACUUUUAAAAUGCGUCCGUAUUUGUAAUUUACUGUGUAUUUGAGUUUUUAUGAAAAUUAGUAAUUUGGGUGAAUUUUACAGGAACAUUAUUUUUAAAAAUGAAUCUUGUGUCAACUUUUUAAAAGAAAGUGGGUUAUUACCGAAUUUAAAUAUAUAUACUAAAUUAAAUGCUGCGGGUGAUAUGGUGACAUACUGACAUGAAAGAAACAUUAAAAAAUAGUUAAAAACAAAAUCCAAACAGUCAAUUAGUUAAAACUAAAUACAAGACAUAAAAGAUACAUAUUACAUAUUUGUCUAAAAUGAUUAUAAUUUCAAUGAAAACUGUAAAACUAUGAGCUCCAAUAAUAAAUUGUAGGUAAGUUUAGUAUAUAUUUCUUCGUGUAGAUACUAGAGAGUAUACAACACGUACCGUUAAUUUGAUAUUUUUUGGAUUUUUUUCAAAAAUUUAACAUUACCAAUUGAAAUAUUUUGAAUAUAAAUAACUUACUAUUGAAUGACCUAUGUUUUGGCAAUUUAUUUUUAUAUAAGUACCUAUUUUUAUAUUUUAUAGCUAUUAAUUUAAAAUUUUAUUUUUAAUUAAACCAUUUUAAUUUCUAAAAUAUAUAGAUAUUUCAUAGACCUUUAAUCUCAUAUUAAGUGUAAUAUAAAAGUAUAAAAUAGA